GCAACUUCUUGUUUUGGUAUAUUUGUGCCGACAGUAGACUGUCGUAAUUUUAUGAACGGUUUUUUUGCCGCUGUUAGUUCAGUUUGUUAUUCAAUUACAUUGCUCGAAAUUGGGAAUACACCACAUUCUAAUUUGUUUAUUUUCAGAGCGUUCUGGUAUUUUUAUCGGAAUUAACCUGAUCUUGGAUCGCUGUUGGGAGUACAGAAAAUUCUCAAGCGCUGCAAAUAAUUUUCUCCAAUUUUUUUUAACCAAUUCUUCAAGAAACCAUCAGAGAAUUGCUCAAAUUUGACAUCUGUACAACUUUGGCCUUGCGCACCUGCAAAAGCAUGCCUGUGCUACGUGCUGGGUUGCAGCGUAAAUACUUUGGACAACAUCGUUGAUUGCCACAUAACUAUUUUGUUCUACCUUUUGUUGUGCAUUUGCUGAUGGACAAAAGGUCUUGAUGCGGAACUUCAACCAGAAAUACGAUCCCAACACCUUGUGGCUGAUGGCAACACCAACAUCGCUGGACAAAUUGAACCUAUCAAUUAAAGAUAUUUUUAGUAUUAAAAAUUCAAUCAUCUCUCAAAUAUGGAUUCAUCAACUCUUGAAGGCCGAAAAAAUGUGGACAUUAAUGACUCAAAUUCUAACAGAACACCAUAUAAAACUGUCAAUAUUAGUGAUUCAAAGUGUGCUGAUGUAGAAAAUAUAUGUCAACGUAAUAGAACUCCUAGCUUAUCCUCGUCAGAUUCUUCAAGUAGUAGUGAAGCAGCAGUAUCUUCACUUCCUGUGCCACCUGAUGGUGGCUGGGGGUGGGUUGUAGUUUUUGCUUCAUUUAUGAUUAAUUUCAUUGCUGAUGGAGUAUCACUAUCAUUUGGAAUUCUGUUCAUUGAUUUCGUGGAAUAUUUUGGAGCAAGUAAAGCUAAAACUUCAUGGGUCGGCUCUAUCUUUUUGAGCAUGCCAUUAUUGGCAGGCCCCAUCGCAAGUUAUCUCAUCGAUCGAUAUGGAUGUCAGAAGAUGUGUAUAUUGGGUGCUUUGUUAUCUACAGCAUCCUUUGUCGUCAGCAUUGUUGCUGAUUCUCUUGAGAUACUCUUUCUCACAUUCACCGUUGCUGGCCUCGGGCUUGCACUAUGUUAUGUCACCUCCAUAGUUGUAGUGGCAUACUAUUUCGAGAAGAAGAGGUCGCUUGCGACGGGCCUUGCAGCUUGUGGCACAGGCAUUGGCACAUUUUUAUUCCCACCUUUCACAAUUUAUCUCUUAGAGCAAUAUAAUUGGCAAGGAACUCUUUUGAUACUCUCUGGUUUCUUUCUUAACAUGAUGGUGUUUGGAGCUUUGAUGAGAGAUCUAGAGUGCCCUUCUAAACCGAAUGAAGAUAACAAGGCAGAGGAUUCUGAAAGCUGUACUUUAGAAGAUUCUGAACGCAUGUGCAGCUCUUUGGUCCAGCUACCCACCUACUUGUGUGACAACCUGCCUGUUGAAGUAAUAUCUGAGCUCUCCAGUAAAGAAGGUGGGUAUCUCAAUUCUCUGUUGGAGCAGCACCCCUAUAUUUUAGAUUCCAUUAUGACAAAAGACGAAACAAAUUCUGGCGAUUCAACUUCGAAUGUGACCCAAAACACUAAAGCAAAGAGUGAAAAAAAGAAAGAAAAAAGAUCAGUACAUAAGAGUUCAAGAAAAGCCAAUCCGGAUUCUGUGCAACGAGAAUCUUCCUUUCCUGGUAAGCUGGAUGCAGCUUAUCUUCGCAAUAUAAAAGUACAAAGAGGGAGCAUAACUUACAGAGGAGCCAUGCUAAAUAUACAUCGCUAUCGACUGAGAGCCUCUAGUUGUCCUGAUAUUUAUCGUAACAGCAUGGUGACAAUCGCAGAAGAAAAGAAAAUCCCAGGUUUAUGUAGCCACGUUUCGAAAUUCUGUAAAGGAUUGUGGCUGACAAGAAUUCAAUUGAGGUGCGAUUUACUAAGGAUCAGCAUUGUUCAAUAUCUGGAAGGUAGUUCAAGAUUCAUUUCAAAAUGUGUGGCAAAUACCUCAGUUUGCCAGCCUUGCCUGUUCCUCAGCGAUUUGAAAGAUCUGAUGCUCGAGAUGUUUGAUUUUACCAUUUUCAAAAACGUCGGUUACACUUUAUUUUGUAUAUCUAAUUUUCUUUUGUAUGCAUGUGUGGAUGUACCAUAUGUGUAUAUUCCAGACCAUGCCCAUUCUAGUGGUACUGACAUGGAGAGUGCUUCUUUCCUCAUUUCUAUUCUUGGAGUUCUUAACUGCCUUGGUGUUGUUAUAGUUGGUUUUAUUGGAGACAAACCAUGGAUAGACUCAUCUCUUCUGUAUAGUGGUUUCAUAUUAAUUAGUGGCGUCUCUUUAGUGCUGUUACCACUAACAAUAAAUUAUUACAUAACAGCUUCACUCGUUGGGAUAUAUGGCUUUGCCAUCAGCGCAAAUUAUACCUUGGUUCCCGUAAUUAUAGUGAAUCUGAUAUCUCUGGAUAAUUUCACUGGUGCUUAUGGACUUCUGUUACUUGUUCAAGGUGUUGCUAGUCUAAUAGGACCCCCAGUGGCUGGUGCGCUGUCUGAUUGGACUGAAAAUUAUGACAUCACAUUCUACUGCACUGGAUUAUGCAUUAUAGUUUCAGGAGCUAUGGUUAUUCCUGUUGCCAAGAAUUUCCUGUGUUCUAAAUCUCCUUCUGUGAGCAGCAAAGAUUCGGUUCCAGUAGACUGUCAUUCCAUGAAAGUAAGGUUUGAAGAACCCGAAGAAAGAAAAAAUUCGGUUCAUUUUGAGAACAGAUUGCAAGAGUUAGAAUCUAUGAAAGAAAAGAAACCUAUUUAUAUUCUGAAUGAUGAUACAGAAAAGUCUGUACCCUUAUUAUCUGAGGAUAUUAAAAUGUGCGAAAAUAAUAUUACGAAAGAUGGAUCUAAAAUGGUUACUAUGUAUGAGAAUCCACUAUCCCUUGUUUAGUAACUUAUCUUUCACACUAUUGUUAGAGUUAUAUAACUUAGUAGUUAGAUUUUUAUGUCUGUUUUUAUGUACUAUUCAUUCCUUAAAAUAAAGACUGUUAUUUAAAAGUAUUAAACUGCAUUAAUUCUUAAACUGUAUUCUGUAGCAUAGUUGAAUAUGAAUGUAUUCAGUUAGUUAUGGAGCUUGUAGUAUUUUUUAGUAGUGCUUGCUUUAUGGAUUUUUAUAUAUGCUGUGUUACUGGUUAUGCAUUUAAUAUUCCUCCCAUUUAAGGUAGGUCAUUUUAAUUUUUUUAACCCUACAUUGUUUUCUGUUCGCAUUUUGUUUAAUUAGUAUUUUCCUUGCAUUUUUUAGGUUUAGAAUUUCUUUCUUCUCUUUGUUGUUGAAAUGGACGAGGGAAAAUUUAUAAUUAUUCAAACCACAUGCUUUCAAACUUUAAAUCCAUAUUAAUAUUAAAUGGCUUUUAAUGUUUCAGUCUAAAUGUUGUAGUAUGCGCAGUUUAAAAUUUUUGCAUCUUUCAAUUUUAUUACAAGUGUGGUGACUGACUGAAAGUAAAAUAUUUAUCUUACUUUAAUUUUAAAAUCAUUUAUUUUUCAUCAUUGUAAGAAGUCAUCAGAAAUGAACACUCUUUCAUGUUUUAAAUUUUUUCCCUUUAUAAAUUUUCCCAAUUCCAUUUCUUUAUCAGAUGAUAAUUGUCAAAGAAGCUCUAGUCUUGUUGUUGAAAAGCUGCGAUAUAUUUUUCACUUAGUGCAAUUAAAUGUAUAUUUUUAUAGUCAUAUUUAUGAUUUAUAGUAUUCUAUAAUAUAUUGAUCGACUUCAUUUUUUUUUUCUGGAUCUGAAUAAUUCAAUAAAAUUGGUGACACAACUUCAGGUUACCUCUUUUGAAUUAAUUGAUGAAAGAUGCGUAUGAAUAACUGAAGAGGUGUUUAUGGUUUGUGGAUUCUCAAGAAUUUUGAUGAUAUAAUAUUUUGAUGUAUAGGUAUCAAAUAUUUUGAUUUUGAUGUCUCAAGUAUUUUGAUAUAGAUCUGCUUUUAUGUGUAUUCUUUGAGAAGUACUUUGCAUAACAGUUGAAUAAGUUUUUCUUAUGAAAAUAAGAAAAAAUGAUUCAUUCAUUCAUAGUUUAAUAAACAUUAAACUAUCACAAUAGUACAUAAAAACAUUUUUAUUUUCUGAUAAAGACUAUUAAUGUAAUUUUUAAAUUAUUGAAGAUUGUGUAUGAUUUAGGAAAGGGGUAAUUUUUAUGUUGUCUGACUCUUGGCGUUUCCACUUGGUGUGGAAUUUUCUAACAGAAUGUUAAGUGUAUGCCGAAAGUAAAGAAUGUGCAUUUAUGUGAUAACUAGUUAUGUAUUGAAAGGAAGUAGUAAAUGUAUCCUUUGUAGAAGAAUUCCUCUUUCAGCAACAUACAUCUUCAUUAGUUGGUGAAAUUUUAAAUUUUACUUUUAAUUCAACAUUUUUGUUUGCUGUCAUGUUAAAAGCAUUUUAAGAUUCUUUGAAAAAAAUUUCCUUCUUAUGCCAGACAUUUGGUUAAGCAUUAUAUAAUCAAAUUGAGCAGUAAAGUAAUAAAAUAGGAAGUAAAGAUCAAAUCAUUAAUUUUUGUAUUAGAGUAAUAAAUUGUGAAGGUUGUUUCUGCUACCAUUAUGCAUGCAUUGCUAAAACAGAUUGUGUGUCCGUGUAUAUUUACUUUUUCACAGGAGUAUUUUUUGUUCUAUAGUCAAAGUAACUAACUUGUAUUAGUGGAUGGAUAAGUUAUGGAGAACUAAACACGUCAAGUUUAUGUCGUCAUAAUUUAUUUUAUUUGGUUUCAAAUUUAGAAAUUUUUGUCAUCGUUUUAACAAAUCGUUGAUGCGUUACUGUUCAGGACUAAGAAUUUUGACAUCUAACUUAGCAAAUAUUUCUCUUGUUGCUACUAGAUCCCAGAAAUUUAAAUAUUUAGUCAAAGAGCAAGUUGAGCCAUGACCAGAUUUAUCAUGGCUUUGCAUAUAUUAAUUAUGCUAUUUCUAUGAUAGAACAAAUUAAAAUUGUGAUGAAAAAAAUUUUUGAAAUGUGAAGCCAGAAAUGUUAAUGCAUCUCAUGAAAAGUUCUCCCAUAUUUAUAUUCAUUUGCAUAUUUUGUAACAAAUAAGAAGCCGAAGGAAGAGAGCUUUCAAAAUUCAUUUUUAAUAGCAACAUCUGUAUUUACAUGUAUGAAAAAUUUAAUUAAACUUCAAAGUAUGAAAAUAUUUUUGCCUACAAUAAUUGUUUGAUGUAGUUGUUAUUAGCUAGUACAGAUUAUAAUAUGGUAUUAAUCAAAUCCAUUGUUAAUGCAUUACAAUUGAGUAUUUUUUGUCUUUAAGAAUGGGAUUUUGUAAUUAUUUAAGAGCUGUGGUAGAAAAAUAGCUAUAAAGUAUGUAAAUCUAUUUUCUUCUAUAUCGCAUAUAUUUUGUAUUUGCACUUGUAUAUAUAAUGCACAUUUCUUAUUUUAUUUGUGCAUGAUGCAUAUGAUUUAUUUCAUUGUAUCUUUAAGGUUCCAUAAUUACUAGAUAUUUGCAUGUAUUGGCUGUGUUAUAAUUUUUUUAAUUGCUUUUUAUGAUUAUCUGUAAUUUCAAAGAUCUGUAUUUAAUUUUUCACUUUUCAUACUUCUGAAUUUUCGAUUAGUUUUGCAUUCGGUUUUGAAUGUUAAUUUUUGCUUUUUCAUAAUAAAUUAUAAAUAGGGUAUUUGAAAAUUUUCUUGAUACUUAAUUUGGUACUGUUCCAUUAUCGGGACUGGAUUCAGAAACGUAUGUAUGUAUGUACAUACAUAUGUAUGCCUUGUGUAUGCACAUACAUACAUAAACACGUGCAUGCAUUGAUAAGAGAGGGUUUAUAAUAACUAGUUAAAAACUAUAAACCCUUAGUUUACAAGUUUCUAACUAAUUAACUAAUUUUAACUAGUUUUUAGAUUUUUUAUUAAUAGCAUUUGACACUUUUGUGUGUGUAUGUAUAUUUAUAUAUGCAUUAUUUGUGCAGUAGUGGUGUCAUUUAACAUAUCUUUUAUACUGAAGUAAUUAAUUACGUAAUUUAAUAGCAUUUUCUUUAUAUAAUCUAACAGGACUGCUAUCAGUUGACCAGUUGUUUAAUUCUUUGUAAUGAAUGUUAUCUGCCUACUGAAUCAUAAGUUUUUCACAUGUAUAUAUACUAUAUAACUCUCUUAGUGGCAUGGCUUUUUGGAUCUGCUUAUGAAACAUUAUAUUUAAACAGUAUUACUCCCCAAAAAUUAUAUAAUUUUUUUAAUCUCUGUUUUCAUAAACUUGGAUAAUAUUUAGACCAUUAAAGAACACUAAAAAUUUAUUUUAAGCAAGAAGGUAAUAUACUCCAAAAUGACAAAAAAAAAAAAAAAAAAUCUCGAUCUCACGAUCGUACACAUGUUGUUAUGCCACUUGAGGGUUUACUAACCUUUCUCAGUGUUAAAUUACUUAUAUUGUUAAAUACAAGACUUCCAGAUUUUCUUUUACAGAGUUUAUAAAUUUUAAUCAUUUAUUUUUAAGCUCCAUUACAUGCUUUUUAUAUGAAACAGUUUUAUAGCCUUCUUGUGUUGUAAACUAUAUAAUUAGUUCCUUUAUGUGCAGAUUCCUCAUGAGAAGUUUGCAUUAUUUUUUUUUCCACAAUGCACUUUAAAGUAUGUUUAUUUUCUAGAAUCUCUGAAUUUAUGUACUUCAUUUUAAUUGUGAAAAUUAGUAUUUUUUGUGUGAUAUAUAAAUUUUAUUCUUUCUUGCAUGACAUUUAUUAUUUCAAAACAUAAAAUAUGAUAUAACUUUGAUUUAAUACUACUUUAUGAAGCAGUUUUCCAUGCAAUAGAUAGUGUUGAUUAAUUGGUAACAAAAAUCUGAAUUUUAAAAGAAUUUUCUAAAAAAAAUAGAUUUUUGGAAUUUAUUUUGCUUAAUUUUCCUUUCUUUUGUUCUAAUAAGUGUUUAUUAUUUUUAAGAUCUCUUAUAAGUUGAAACUCAUUUUUAUUUAUUUUAUUUUCAUUUUAAAUGUUGUUAUAUGCACCGAUAUUCGCAUACUUGUUAAUUUUAAAGAAAAGGGGCUACCUCCAAAUUUUCAGGAUAAAAUGUAAUAAAAUGUUAUCUGGAGCUUUAAAAAUUUCCAUUUAAUGCUACAUCAAAAUAGUACUUAAAUACUCGUCUAUAUUUUUGGAGGUUUUUGUUAUUAAUUUUUCACAACUUGUGAAACAUUUCUAAAUUAUUAAAAGAAAUGAGAAACUAAAUAUUACAUUAUAGUAAUAAAACGACAAAAGUCUUCAAUGGUAAAAAUAAUAUGCAAGCAUUUAUAUCCAGUAAACAGUUAAUAAUUUAUUUCAUUAUUAAUUUGAAAGAAAUGGCCUCCUCUCUAAGUAAUCUUAUUAAUAGCUAAAAGAAAAAUUUAUCAUUGCAAAUAAAACUUUUAAUGUAUUACCGCCUUAAAUUUCCUUUCCAUGUAUCUGGGUAUUAAUUAAAUAUUUUUAUAUUAAGUAUUUUUUAAGUAAUAAGUGUUAUUAAAGCAAUGCUCUGGCAUGUAUUAAGGUGUUUGAAAACUUUCUAUUAACUAGGUCACUUUAUAGGUUUUUCCAUUUUUAAUCAAUGUUUUCAGAACCUAUUGUUUUAAACUACUUUUAUUAAUAAAAUAUCUUUUUUCGUCUCCUAAGAAUUAGUGAUGCAAAUAUUCUGUAAGCAUGAAUAGUGCAAUAUUUAAUAGGUCAGAUAAAUUAUGAUUUUACCCAAAAUGGAAUGUAAAAAUGUUUAAAAAAUAAAUGUUUCUUCCUUUUGGAAAAGUCUGUAAUUCCGGUUUAAAAUUAUUUUUCUAAGACCUGAGUUAUAAAAUUUUUGUAAAAGUUUACCAUUUUAGAAUAUUAAAUAAGGUUUUAAUUUUUUUAAAAUCCAGUCAUUUUUGAAGAAAUAUCUGAAUAUAUAAUCAGAUUUAAUUUAUAGUAAAAGUUAAAAUUCUUUGUGGUAUUACAUUUGUUAUUCACAAAACAUAUAAAAAUUUUAAGAAUUUUUUAAUAUGUAUAUAAUUUUCAAGAAACACUUUUCGAAAACUUCACUUAUUUCAUAAUUUAUAAAUGCAGUUAAUGUUUUACUGAUAUCUAAAUGAAAAGAUUUCAGACACACUUAGUAUUGCUUUUCCAGUGUGUGAGAUAUGGGUUGUGAUAUGUUUUUUUUUUUUUUUUUUUGUAUACUUUACAUUGAAUAUUUAAUCUUGAAAUCAGUUUUAUAUUUUUAAAUGCAAAAUUCUAGUUUACAAGCAUUUAUAUUAUAGAACUUUCACCAAGAUUGGAUUUUUAUUAGCAUUUAUGGCCAGUGAGUGAACUAUGUCAUUUUAAAAUAAUGAAGUAUGUAUAACAUUUCAGUUAACCCUAAAAAAUGUGUGAUAUGUAAAAAUAAAGUAUAUAGAUAUGUUUGAGGCAGUAUUAAAAAAUGCAGAUUCUAACAAGAAUACAAUAGCAAGAAAUUGAGGUAAAUCUUUACUUAGUUUCAUUUUUUAUGAAGAUUUACCUGAAUUGCUUGCUUAAUGAGUUACAGUUUUAAUGUUUAAUGGAGGUAUUUUUAUGAAUAAUAGUGGAAAAAGAAAAAAUCUAAACAUUUAGAACAAACCUUUUCAAAAUGUGCUUUGAUAUAGAGUAAUUUCAGAAAGAACCAUCUGAUUUCAGAAUCAGCUCUUUUUACGAAAGAUAUUUGCUUAUAUGAUGUUUAUUAGGAAUGUCAGUAUGACAUCAAGCAAAUGCCAACUUGCAUAGUUUUCUGCUAUUAUGAUGCCAUUUUUCACUUUUUCUUGACAGACUAGUGCCUUUCCUGUACUCCACCCACCCAAUAUAAUAAAAUUUGGUCAUUUUCCCAUUCCAUUGUUCAUUUAAUACUUAUCAUGCUAUCUGGUUAAUUUUUAAAUGUAUAAAAACUUGAAAUCGGAUGAUUCUUAAUUACCCUAUAUUUUAUUUUAAACAUUUUCUUUUUCCAGCAGUAUUUUAAGUAAAUUAAGUUUUAUUUGAAGCAUAAGCGUAUUCAGUUUAUUUAACUGUUUUAUUUUUAAUUUUUUAGCAUUGUAUAGUGUGUGUUCUUUGUUUAUAUUAUGUGUAUUUUUAUUCAAAAUGAAGAAAAUGCAGAAGAAUGUGAUAUUGAUACUAAUGUGCCUAUAUUAGGCUUGUGCCAGUUAUGUACAGGUAAAUUCAACUGAUCUCAGAAAAAUCUAUGUAGGGUCUUUGUAUCAAAGGCAUGUAUUGGUUUGUAUCAACCCAACCUACUUAAAUGAUCCUAUUUUUGCACUGUGUGUGCUUCUUGAAAGACUGGAAAGUAAUAUGUGGCUGAACAAUAAAACGUGUUUGUAAAAGAUCGAUUGCCAACUUGUGCUUUGUGUCUGUUACCUGAAACACCAUCUUGAUGUUACAUUUCUAAGUGAUUCAUAAUCAUGCAUUUGAAUGAUAUCUUCAUGUCAUAAAAGUAUUGCACUAAAUAAAUAAAAUGUUGUGUAUA